GUCAUUAUCAUACAAAUACAAUACAGCUUGCGAUCUCGAGGCGAAUUUGAGCAGAGAGUGUGCUGAAUUAGCCGCUCAUCCCCAACACCUACACCAAAACCUAGCCAAGCUCAUAAUCUCAUGGAUUUCUCGAUCAAUUGCAGCUAAAUCCACUCUCCACAAGCUCAAUCUAACAACAAUGUCCCCAUAUGAGAUUCAGAAGAUGAUGAGCGAGGAUUUGCCUCAGCUUGCAAUGGAAUUGAGCCGAGUUGAAAAUAUUCGCAGAUAUGCUAGCAAAUCUUUACUAACCCAUCUAAGAUUUCAGAUACCACUCAACAGUUAGAAGCAAUGGUUGGAGAUAUUGAAGAUGCAGUUUUCUCUGUUGUGAAUCAAAAAAGGGGAAAUAUACUCGCUUCAAAUUGAUCAACUCCGUCAGUUUCAACAGUAAUGACAUUAUUCGGUAUUAUUUUUUCUUUAUUAAGAAUACAUAUUGCAUAGUUAGAUCAAAGAUGGGACUGCACAGAAAAUUUUAGUGUAGUCAUUGAAUGCAGGACCCAGGAUCGAGGCAAGAAAAGUUCUUUCAAGCUGUAAGAUCCAUGAAUUGAAUUGAGGAUUUGUUGGUCAGUCCUGUGAAGUUCCGACCUCAGUGGUUCCAUCUUAUGAAAUCUCUGGAUUCUAGAGUAGACAAAACAUUGAAUUUGCUCCGGCAACAAGUUCUUGCAGAUCACCGAGCUCUUCUUUCAUCUCUACGGUGGCCACCAAAAGUUUUUAUGUCAAAAAUAGAAAGUGGCAAGAUCUCUAUCCUUCCAAAUCCAUUAGUUUUGAUGCAAGUAGACAAACAGAAGGCCUAUUCUGAGAGUUUUCUAGAACUUUGUGCUUUGCAGCAUUUGCAGACACGGCGGGAAGAGCGACAGCUUGGCCUUUUGGGAAAAAAGAAGCUGAAUACAGGGCUUUGGGCCAUUGAUGAACUGGUUUCUCCUAUUGCGUCACGGUCAGAAUAUCACUUCUCGAAAUGGGUUGAUCAGCCUGAGUUUAUCUUCGCUCUUGUGUCCAAGAUUACCAAAGAUUUUGUUGGCGGAGUGGAUGAUGUUUCGCAGCCUCUCAUUGAUAGAGCAAAACUGGUGAGCUUGAGUGGUAAAGAAGCUUGGAUAUCCGUAAUGGUCCAAACACUUUCUUCAUUUUUAGCAAAGUGAGUUCUCUCUGUUCUCGUCAAAAGAUACAAAGAGAAAAAGGAAAAAUCGGAGAUGAUUUCUUCAUGGCUUCAUUUAAUCGACCUUAUGGUUAAUUUUGACAGACAGAUGAUGUCAUUUGUAAAUUCAGAAGCUUAUCUCUUCAUGGAGGACUCUGAAAUGCUUGAAGGAUCGUCAAGAGGCUUAUCUGUGUUCUCAUUAUUUUCUGAUAGGCCUGAUUGGCUCAAAAUUUGGGCCAAAAUAGAGCUCAAGGUUGGGAGAAUGAAACUAAAAGAAGAAUCGAAGCAUGAGAGGGCGUGGUUGGU